AGACAAAAGCUAAUAAGUAACUUCAUUCCAAAGCCAAACCCGGGGGAAAUCUUAAAUAUUGCCUCUCUCUCUCUCUCUCUCUCUCUCAAGUCUGAAGCAGUAAAAUCGAAAGGAUGGGUCAAGGGACACCAGGCGGUUUGAACCGGCAAGGUCUUCCCGGGGACCGUAAAGGCGACGGAUCGAACAAGAAGGAAAAGAAGUUCGAGCCAGCCGCACCCCCUGCGAGGGUGGGUCGGAAGCAACGAAAACAAAAGGGUCCGGAAGCGGCUGCUCGACUUCCCACAGUAACCCCACUCAGCAAGUGCAAGCUACGGCUGUUAAAGCUGGAGCGGAUCAAGGAUUAUUUACUAAUGGAAGAAGAGUUCGUAGCCAAUCAGGAAAGGCUUAAGCCCCAGGAAGAGAAAGCCGAGGAAGACCGAUCUAAGGUCGAUGAUUUGAGAGGCUCCCCGAUGAGUGUGGGCAAUUUAGAGGAACUCAUCGAUGAGAAUCACGCCAUUGUUUCCUCUUCGGUUGGCCCUGAAUACUAUGUGGGCAUUUUAUCAUUUGUUGAUAAAGACCAACUUGAGCCUGGUUGUGCUAUCUUGAUGCACAAUAAGGUUCUUUCUGUAGUUGGACUCCUGCAAGAUGAAGUGGAUCCAAUGGUAUCGGUAAUGAAGGUUGAAAAGGCUCCAUUGGAGUCUUAUGCUGAUAUAGGAGGAUUGGAUGCUCAGAUACAGGAGAUUAAAGAGGCAGUUGAGCUGCCUCUUACGCAUCCUGAAUUAUAUGAGGAUAUUGGUAUUAAGCCUCCAAAAGGAGUUAUUUUGUAUGGAGAGCCUGGGACUGGCAAGACCUUGCUGGCAAAGGCGGUGGCAAAUUCUACAUCAGCAACUUUCUUACGUGUUGUUGGCAGUGAAUUAAUUCAGAAGUACUUGGGAGAUGGUCCCAAGUUAGUAAGGGAACUCUUUAGAGUGGCUGAUGAUCUCUCCCCUUCAAUUGUCUUUAUUGAUGAAAUAGAUGCAGUUGGCACCAAGAGGUAUGAUGCCCAUUCUGGUGGUGAACGUGAAAUUCAGAGGACCAUGUUGGAGUUGCUGAACCAACUAGAUGGAUUUGAUUCAAGAGGAGAUGUCAAAGUGAUUCUUGCAACAAAUCGAAUUGAAAGUCUUGAUCCAGCUUUACUUCGCCCUGGUCGAAUUGAUAGGAAGAUUGAAUUUCCUCUCCCUGACAUCAAAACCAGGAGGCGCAUUUUCCAGAUACAUACCUCAAGGAUGACAUUGGCUGAUGAUGUCAACUUGGAAGAAUUUGUUAUGACCAAAGAUGAGUUCUCCGGAGCUGAUAUAAAGGCAAUAUGUACUGAAGCUGGUCUACUUGCUUUAAGGGAGCGCCGCAUGAAGGUGACACAUGCAGAUUUUAAAAAGGCCAAGGAGAAGGUGAUGUUCAAGAAGAAAGAAGGGGUUCCGGAGGGUCUUUAUAUGUAGAAAAACUUGUUAUAUUUAUAUAUAUUCCAGUGAUAUUCAUGUUCUUAUGUAUUUCUGAAUCCAGUUUGCUCUAAGCAUUUUUUUUGGCUUACGAACAAUGUGGUAUGGCAUAUACGUUUCUUGUAUUUCCUAGCAAGCGCCUACACUUUUGGAGCAAUAUUAUGAAGCAGUUUGGGAAAAGUUUAUAGA